AGGUUUUGAGUGCAAUCGAGAUAAACAAUUCACAAUUUAAAUGAUCUUCUUGUAGAUUGAUUGUAUCAUUGUUUAGUUAAUUGCGAAAAGAUGAUAUUUAAGUUGCUAAUAUUUGUGCUAAUUUUAAUCCAAUCGAUUAAAGGUGAAAUUUCACCAGGUAACCCAGAGAUAAAACUUGAAACAGGUAAGGUUAGAGGUCAAUUGAUUAAUUUCCGUGGGUCAAUUGUCUAUGAAUUCCUUGGGAUACCAUUCGCUGAGCCACCAAUCAAUGAGCUUCGAUUCAAAAAACCAGUGCCAGUUAAGCCUUGGAAUGAUGUUAAAUCGAUGACCAAUUGGCCCCCUCAUUGUACUCAAGCCCUUUUUCCUGGUUUCAAUUCUGAUUAUCAAUUCAGUGAAGAUUGUUUAACUCUAAAUGUGAUCACACCAUCGGCUCUUGAACAUGGAGAUAAAAGAUUGAGACCUGUUAUGGUUUGGAUUCACGGCGGUGGUUUCGCUAUUGGUUCAGCUCAUUUCGAUGCUUAUAAUGGGACAAUUUUAGCCGCUACAGAGGAUAUCGUCUAUGUUGCCAUUAAUUAUCGUCUUGGAGCAUUAGGUUUCUUACAUUUACCCGAACAUGGUGUUCCUAGUAACUUAGGACUAUGGGAUCAGCUAUUGGCCCUUCAAUGGGUAAAAAAUAACAUCAAACAAUUUGGUGGUGAUCCUGAUCAAGUUACGAUAUUUGGUGAAAGUGCUGGAGGCAUUUCGGUUGCAGCAUUAGUUGUAUCACCUCGGGCGAAAGGAUUAUUCAAAAAUGCGAUCCUACAAAGUGGCUCAAUUCUGAACAUUGAUACAUGGUUUAAUCCGAAAUCGUCAGAGAUCAUCAUGGAAAAGAGUAAUUGUAAUUCAGCUGAAAACGUUUUCUCGUGUCUACAAUCAGCCAAUGAAAGUGUCUUCGCCUCGGUUAACGAUUUCCUCUUUUGGCCUGUUCAUGGUGACGAUUUCUUACCCGAAGAUCCAAAUAACCUAAUCAAAUCAAUUGAUUCAAGUGUUAAUAUUUUACUUGGUACUGUUGGUAAUGAAGGUGCUAGUAUGUUGACACUUACUGAUCCCGUAACUUUUGAUGCAGUUAACCCAGUUAAUUUGACAUUUGUUGAGGCCAAAACCAUCAUCGGUGAUAUUUACGGUGAUGAAUGGAUUGGAUAUAUUGUAGAUAAAUUUUUCGACAAAAUUGAUCACAAUGACCCAAACCAACUUAGAUUAGCCAUUGGUCAGUCACUGGGAGAUAUUACACUCGCUUGUCCAACUUACAUGUUCGGUAGAGAUGCAGUUAAAUACAGUAAAUCAAAUGUUUACGCUUAUUAUCAAAGCCAUAAACCAUCAAAACCAAUAUUCAAAAUAACUCCUGAAAGUAAUUGGAUUCCGGCGACUCAUGGGGACGAUGUUCCAAUGAUGUUCGGAGGUCCAUUGAACGAUUCAACUUAUAACCAAGAAGAUACAAUUCUAUCAAUGGUUAUGCUUGAUAUUUGGGGGGAAUUUGCAAGAACCGGAAAGGUUCCAAAGGUUGGGUCAAGGGAAUGGUUGAAAUGGACAUCCGAUGAAUCUGGAAAGGUUGAAAUGCCGGUCAAGGAAUUGAAUUCACGAGGAUUGAGCCAAUUCAGUAAUCAAAUCGCUUUGGACUGUCAGAAAAAUUGGCCUUUCCCAAUCAAACAACUGAAUACAAAUUUUGGUAAUAAAAUUAAACCCGAUAACCAUGAAGAGCUUUAAUCAAGAUCAUCCUUGAGACUUGCACUUGAUAAUUUUCACUUGAAAUGUUUACGGGUGAAUUUUAUGGGCAAUCUGAUUAUCUCUUAACACUUGACAUCUUAUUUGUUACCAAAUCAUGAGAAAAUCAGGAUCCAAAUGAAUAACAAUCAACACCAAAAUAAAAGAAAUCUAAUUGUUAUGGAAGAAAAUAAAAAACAACUGAUUGGAAAUAAAUUUUAACUCCAAAUAAAUGAAAUUCAAUUAAUCUUCUUA